AUGGGAGACCAUUCUUUUCUAGACCUGCGGCAGCUUGUUUUGCCUGAUGCGUUUGUGGGUUGGUCUCCGUUGUGUGCUACAUUGGCUCUCCAAGAGCUCGCGCGUAGCAUAGGAGCACCUGCAGUUAAGGCAGGAGAUAAGUAGUUUACUAGUUCAUCUCUAAUAGCAUCUCUGCAAAUAUUAGUAGUUCGUUGGUCCCGUUUUUUGUUAGAUUUCGAAGUGACGGCGCAGCAACUGUCUCCCUGCUAGUAGUACAUGCCCAGAACGCGGGUCCAUCAAGGGCCCGCUGCACUGGGCGUAGGUUAGCAACUACUAGACAGAUAAGACUACGACGCAAGCCCCUAAGUCACCAAGCUAGCGGCGCGCGGCUGGUUCAGAAUGGACUAUCGUGGAAGCUCUUCAUGGCUAAACAACCGGGCUGGCUGUCGCUGUCUUGUGGCCAAGGUAGCAAGCUGGCUGUGGCUAAGCUAGCGAGCUGGAGUGGCCACGGCAAAGCUAGCAAGCUAGAUAUGGCGGGGCUAGCAAGCUGGCCAAGAUUAGGCUAAGCGGCUGGCUCUGGCUUCCGGGCUAAGCUAGCAGGGUGGCCAUGGCCAAGCUAGCCAGCAAGCUGGCUAUGGCUAAGAAAGCAGCUGCUGAGCUAGGUCUCGCAAAGGAAGCAGCCCCUUAGCUAGCUAGCUAUGGCUAAGCAGCUACGAUCAAGCUAGCGAUGGCCAAGCAGCUAGCAAGCUAGCUAUCAUGGCCAAGUAGCUAGCUUGCUAGCUAAAUAGGGCCGAGCAGCGACCUAGUAAGCUCGCUAGCUAUGGCGCAGCAGCAGCCAGCAAGCUAGCUAUGGCCAAGCAGCUACCUUGCUCGCUAGCUAUGGCUAAACAGCUAGCAGGCUAGCCAUGGCUAAGCAGCUAACAGGCUAGCCACGGCUAACCUAGCCAGGUAGUACGGGUAAGGAGUAAGUAAGUAAGCUAGCUAGGGCUAAGCAGCUAGCAAGCUGGCCAUUUCUAAGCUAGCAAGCUAAGGCCCUUGCGAGGUGGCGGCGGCCCUUAAGGGAGGGCCUAGACUUAGCCUAAGGCUAUUACAAGCACUCCUUAAGGAGCCUCCUGAAGGAGCCACUUUGUUCCUAAAGGAAAAGCUAUAAUAGCUUUUUGUGAUAGAAAUUCUUUAAGGAGAUCACUUUCUUUAAGGAAGGCACUCAGGGAAGGCUCUUAAGAAUUUCAGAAAUGUUGCCUACCCUAUAAAUACUAACAUUUAAUAUUUAUAUUUGCCCUGUAGCGACGAGAUGAGCCACAAAUAGGUCUAAGAGUGUGGCUUCCCACGAUUGCCCGAUCGAGAAAAGUUUGGACUUCAUCAAGGCACACGGAAAAGAUCCUACUCUCCUGGUGGACAGGGCGCACAGAGCUCACGCCUCAGUGGUCGCGAGCAUGGUCUGGAGUCACGGCGACGCGGCAAUAAGAAAAGCUUUCGCGGAAGCGGAACUUGCAGUAGUCAGCUCGACUUCGACAUCUUCAAGUGGCACUGCCAAGACUAGUGGAGAAAUGAUGAUGAUGGAAGACAAAAGCCUGGAGAAGGUGUUGAAGGCGGGUGACGCCACUGCGAUGGAGAUUGCAGCCGAAAAGUGGUGUACUGACCGUGAGUUCCCACAACACGUUUUUUUCAGCCCAAUAUCACGCGAUAAGAGAACAAAUGAAGCACUGAAGGACUCCCUUUGGCAGAUGGCGUCGUUUUCUCUUUGGGAAGAUGUAGCGCUAGAAGUUUCCGAUUUGGAUGACAUGGCGCUUUAGUUUUAGUACGUCUUCGAGUUAAUGCCUAC